UUUAUUAGAAAAUGAAGAUGGAAAAAGUAUUUUUCCUUUUAUUUCUCAUAGCCCAGUCCAUAAAACUUUUGUGCAUUGAAGCACAAAUUAUGGCUAACGUGGUGAAGGACAGUUCCGGCCAGGAAGUCCUCACCGGAGUGGACUAUUACAUACUGCCGGCGGCGGCUGACGGGAACACCGAAGGCGGCGGGGGACUGACGCUAGCCAGCGGCCCAAACACCACUUGCCCGCUGCUGGUAGUCCAGUCUCCUGACUCUUCUUCCAAUGGCUUUGCUGUCCAAUUUUCAUCAGUUAAUCCUUCCUCCACCAAUGUUCAGGAAUCAGUGGAUCACAACAUCAAAUUCUCUGCAGUGAGCAUAUGUGUUAUGUCCACUCUGUGGAGGCUAGAUUUGAAAGAAAUCACAGGCAAAUAUGUGGUGGGAACAGGCGGAGAAGAAGGCAACCCGGGGAGGGACACAAUAAGCAACUGGUUCAAAGUUCGAAGAGAUGAAGAUGCCUACAAGCUCUAUUACUGCCCAACAGUGUGUGAUAUUUGCAGGCCAGUGUGUGGGGACCUUGGAAUUUUAGUUGUGGAUGGAAUAAGAAUUCUUGCAAUCACUGAUAAGCCAUUGAGGGUUGUGUUUAAGAAGGCCUAAUAAUACAGUGUAUAUGUAUGUGUUAUGUAAUAAGCAAGCUACCAAGCUUUGUCCUUGCCUUAUUUUGUUGAAUAAAUAAAAUUAAGACUACAAUUAAUUAUUAUAGAAUUAUGAGCUAGCUAGUUGAGCUCUUUGUGUU